AUGUCUUGCCGCUCCUACCGAGUCAGCUCUGGUCAUCGGGUGGGCAGUUUCAGUUCUUGCUCAGCAAUGACCCCUCAGAAUCUGAACCGCUUCCGGGCCAGCUCUGUCUCCUGCAAGAGUGGGUCUGGCUUCCGUGGCUUGGGUGGCUUUGGUAGUCGGAGUGUCAACUUUGGAUCACCCUCACCUCGGAUAGCGGUUGGAUGCUCUCGUCCUAUCCGCUAUGGAGUUGGCUUUGGAGCUGGCAAUGGAAUGGCCUUUGGCUCUGGUGACGGGUGUGGAGUUGGUCUGGGAUUUAGGGCCAUUAGUGGUGUUGGCCUAGGGUUUGGAGCUGGCAGUGGCCUUGGCUAUGGUUUCGGCGGCCCUGGCUUUGGCUACAGAAUUGGAGGAAUUGGAGGUCCAUCAGCCCCCUCUAUCACAGCUGUGACUGUUAACCAGAGCCUGCUGACUCCUCUUAACCUGGAGAUCGACCCCAAUGCCCAGAGGGUGAAGAAAGAUGAGAAGGAACAGAUCAAGACCCUCAACAACAAGUUUGCCUCCUUCAUUGACAAGGUAAGGUUCCUGGAGCAACAGAAUAAACUCCUUGAGACUAAGUGGAGCUUCCUCCAAGAUCAGAAAUGUGCUCGGAGCAACCUGGACCCUCUCUUUGAUAACUAUAUCACCAGCCUGAGGAGGCAGCUGGAUGUACUAGUCGGUGACCAGGCUCGGCUGCAGGCUGAGAGAAACCAUAUGCAGGAUGUCCUUGAGGGCUUCAAGAAGAAGUAUGAGGAGGAGGUGGGAUGCCGAGCUAUCGCUGAGAAUGAGUUUGUAGCUCUGAAGAAGGAUGUUGACACAGCUUUCCUGAAUAAAUCGGAUCUGGAAGCUAAUGUGGAUGCCUUGGCCCAGGAGGUUGAAUUCCUGAAGGCUCUGUACCUGGAGGAAAUCCAGUUGCUGCAGUCACACAUCUCAGAGACAUCUGUCAUUGUGAAGAUGGACAACAGCAGGGACCUGAACCUGGAUGGGAUCAUAGCUGAAGUCAAGACCCAGUAUGAGGAGGUGGCAAGGCGCAGCCGUGCUGAUGUCGAGGCCUGGUACCAGACCAAGUAUGAGGAGAUGCAGGUGACGGCUGGCCAACACUGUGACAAUCUACGAAACACACGGGAUGAGAUCAACGAGCUGACCCGGCUGAUCCAGAGGCUGAAAACAGAGAUCGAGCAUUCCAAGGCCCAGUGUGCCAAGCUGGAGGCCGCCGUGGCUGAGGCAGAGCAGCAGGGUGAAGCGGCCCUCAAUGAUGCCAAGUGCAAGCUGGCAGAUCUGGAGGGUGCCCUGCAGCAGGCCAAGCAGGACAUGGCGCGGCAGCUGCGGGAGUACCAGGAGCUCAUGAACGCCAAGCUGGGCCUGGACAUCGAGAUCGCCACCUACAGGCAGCUGCUGGAGGGCGAGGAAAUCCGGAUCUGUGAAGGUGUUGGGCCAGUAAACAUAUCUGUGAGCAGUUCUCGGGGAGGUGUGCUGUGUGGCCCGGAGUCCCUGGCCUCGGGAUCCAGCCUUUCCCGCAACGGCGGAGGGGUCACCUUCUCCAGCAGCAGCAGCAUCCGUACCACUGGAGGGGUUCUGACUUCCUCAGGCCUAAGGGCUGGUGGGGACCUGCUGAGCUCUGGGGCCAGAGGAGGCGCAGUGCUGGUGGGGGGUGCCUGCGCCCCUAGCAUCCCCUGCCCACUUCCCACUGAGGGCGGCGUCAGCAGCUACAGUGGUGGCCGUGGCAACCGCAGCUCCAGUGUCCGCUUCUCAUCCACCACCACCUCUCACAGGACCAGGUACUGAGCACCUACCCCGUGAUGGCCAUCGCUGGAGAAGAACCAGCCAAGCAUUCCUUGCUUCUGUCCCCUGAGGUGCACAGACUCUGGUCCUGAGGAACCUCCAGUCACUCUUCCUGCCAGCACACAGCCCUGGCCUAUGUCCUCUUGAAGGACAUUCCAUUGUGUAGACACACCAUCCAUCCACAGCCCCAGGGGCACUCGCUUCUCCCUAAGUCCCAGUUUCCCCUGGGGAUGGCCCUCAGCCUUCAGUCAGCAUUUGCUACAGACCGCACUGUACCUGGGGAGAAGGGGACCAUCCUGAGCAGUGUGAGCACAGACCCCUGGGGCCUGCAGGCAUCCUUGCUCCUCCCCCUCCCUUUCCCUGGCAGAAGAGGUUUCUUUCUCCCUCUCCUGCCCCCAAAGGACACAGUCCUCGGCGACCACAGGGAUUCCUAGGUCCCUGUGAUGGUUCUCCUGCCAGUGCCCAACCCUCGCCGUCUCUCUCAUGGUUGUUGGUUUAUCUGUGAUAGAUGAGUCUGCCGAGUAGGUGGACUGCACAUGGAGAGGUGGCCUUUUCAGCUGUGUGUGCCUUGUCCUGUAAUGACAUGAGGCCCAACUCUGUGCCCUGUUGCUGCAGCAGGCCUGUGUCCGCA